AUGCUAAUGGUUCCUCGGCGAACCGCCAUUGCAGCUUCAGGUAAGGCCAACUUACGAAUCCCUUCUACUCGCCUUGUCAAACAAAAUGAAAGCGACGCCAGUGCGCGAAGCCCCAAAGCUGCAUCAGGGCAGAGCCCUACAGAGCACCCUGCCAUAUCAUCCGUCAAUGCCUCUGACAAGCACAGUUGCUCCACUUCCAUCUCGACUAAGCAUCAGCAGCGUAAAGGUGGACGAAGAGGUCGGCGCUAG